AUGCGUCUGUCCGUGCUCCUCUCCAUCCUGCCUCUGGCCGUCGCCGUCCCCACGGCCAAGCGAUCCGAGCCCGCUCCUCUUCUGAUUCCCCGCGGUGCCGGCGCUCAAAGCCUGAUCGCCGACCAGUAUGUCGUCAAGUUCAAGGAGGGCAGCGCUCUCUCUGCCGUCGAGGAGGCCAUGAAGCAGCUGCCCAACGGUGGCGGCCAGAUGUUUAGCGAAGUUUUCAAGGGCUUCUCUGGUCAUUUUGAUGCUGCUACCCUCAGCCUCCUCCGCGACCACCCGGAUGUUGAGUAUAUUGAGCAAAACCACAGCAUGCAGGCUUACUCGCCCGUCACUCAGACCUCGUCUACCUGGGGUUUGUCUCGCAUCUCGCACAGGGACGCUGGCAAGAGCGGCUACAUCUACGACUCCUCUGCUGGAGCUGGAACUUGCGCCUAUGUUGUUGACAGUGGUAUUGACGAUUCGCACUCUGACUUUGGCGGCCGCGCCGAGCAAAUCAAGACCUUCAUUGGCCAGAACAACGACAACUGCGGGCACGGUACUCACGUCGCCGGCACCAUCGGUAGCACCACCUACGGCGUGGCCAAGAAGACUACUAUUUACGGCGUCAAGGUCCUCAGCUACGACAGCAGCAGUGGCGAAUGCCGGGGCCCUAACGACGGCAUCAUCAAGGGUCUCGAGUACGUCGCGCAGGAUGCCGCCAACCGUGACUGCCCCAACGGCGUUGUUGUCAACAUGAGCCUCGGCGGCGAUUUUUCUCAGUCGACCAAUGACGCCGUGGCCGCGCUCGUCAAGAAGGGGAUCUUCGUUGCCGUCGCGGCUGGCAACGGCAAGCGCGACUGUAAGACCUGCCCCGUCUACCCGAUCGACGCUAGCGAAGUGUCGCCUGCCUCAGAGCCGUCGGCGUGCACGGUCGGCGCGACCGACAAGGCCGACACCGUUGCCUCCUUCUCUAACUACGGCUCCUUGGUCGACAUUCACGGACCUGGUGUUAGCGUUACGAGUCUGGCAGUCGGUGGCGGCACCACGUCGAUGAGCGGCACCUCGAUGGCCACGCCGCACAUUGCUGGUCUGGCCGCGUACUUUAUGGGCCAGGGCAAGUCGGCGUCGGGCCUGUGCGAGUACCUCCAGAAGAUCGCGAUCGAGGGUGUCAUUAGCAACGUGCAUGAUGGCACCAAGAACCUGCUUGCUCAGAACGAUCUGGCACAAUUGCCCACCAUCGGCUUCAGCAAACGGUGCUGGCCCUGGUUGUUACGAGGAGGCGGUACCGGUUCGAGAAAGAUAGCAGAGCUCCAUGUCGCGAAAGCAGCAUAUUACGACCAAGACGACCAUUCUCAAGGUACUCUAGUCGCACGGGUUCGAGGUGACCCAUCCAAGGUUGAAGAGAUGAUGGGCAUCAACUUGGCUCAGCUGGAAACUUGCGCUGGUUUCGAGUUGUGCAGUGCUGCCAGUAUGCAUUUGCGCUGCUUCCGUGCGCUUUCGGACCUUCUCUUCGACAAGAUGAACGGUGCUGUCUUUGCCGAAAGCUCCCAGUUUGCCUCGGAAGCGAUUGGAGCAUUCCGCACCGCAGUCAUUUUUUCCUAUGGCGGCCGGCUUCUUGCACGUGGAGAGGUCAAUGUUGUGUCUUUCUUUGUUUGCAUGAUGGCCCUCAUGAAUGCUGCGGAAGGAUUUGGACAGCCGCUGAGCUUUGGCCCCAACGUGGCGCAGGCGACCAUGGCAUCUGGACGCAUCUUGGAUGUCCGUGCUUCGCGUGUCACGGACAAUGACAAUGUCAAAAGGCAUAAUCUAAAUUCAGAUGGUGGCGUUUCGAUCGAGCUUCGCAGCGUGACUCUCCGGUUUCCGACGCGAGAGGUACCAGUGCUCGACAAACUCGACAUGAAAAUCGACAAGGGAUAG